UAAGGGCGCACGUGCAUUAUGCAACAUCUUAACUUUGACCAUAACUUUACCCCAUUUUCAAUUUUUUUUAAUAUUAGAGUUUAAAUUAUCAGAAAAGUAUAGAAAAUGUCUUAUAUAUUACGUUCAACCCUCAAAUACUCCGUCAAUCGAUUCAGAAUCAAUUGUUUGAAAGUGAGCAAUAAUGCAGCUAUCAGCGGAACUUCACCAUGCAUUAAUCAAUUGCUGAACAAUACGUUCCACACCGAUGUUCCUCACUUAUCAGAUGCCAAAAUCGAGAAACAAAUUAAAAAGUUGGACUUGGAUGCUCGUCGGAAUGGGCGGAUUUCGUUACGAGAAGUGGAAAAUCUUAUCGGUGAAAUUAAGUUGAAUCGAUCUGCAUCAUCAGCUCAAUCUGCUAUGAUAAUUCGUUGCUGCGGUAAUUUAAUAUCUGAGGAAUCUCCUGAGAAGAGAACUGAGCUGGUGCAAGAAAUAUGGAACAUUUUGGAGAAGUUAGGAGUUCCAUUGGAUGUCAGUCAUUAUAAUGCUUUGUUGAAAGUUUACCUUGAAAACGAAUAUCAGUGGACUCCUACCGAAAUAUUAGCUGACUUGGAGCGAAAAGGUUUUGAACCUAAUAGAGUUACGUAUCAACGUUUCGUUAGUAGAUAUUGUCAACUGGCUGAUAUCGAAGGAGCUACUCGUAUCUUGCAGUUUAUGCGAGAUAAAGAUAUGACCAUUAAUGAAGUCGUAUUCAACGCUUUGAUAUUAGGCCAUUCAAGGGCCAAUGAUAUGGAAAGCGCCGAAGAAAUACUGAACGUUAUGAAAAAAGCCGGCCGAAAUCCAACGCCUGAAUCUUAUGCAUUAUUAGCCUGCGGUUAUGUUGCUCAAGGAAAUAUGGAUAAGGUUAAAUCUAUUUUAGAAGACUGUGAAAAAAGAGAUAUUGCUUUGUCUGUGAAAGAUUACAUGGACAUAGUUUACCAUAUGUCUUUGAAAGAUCUCGAUAUCGAUGAGAUGUUAUCAAAAAUUCCACGCAACAUACCGUAUAAUCAAGAAUCCAUGAACUGUAUUUACAAAUUGGUUGGCGCCGGUAAAAUAGAACACGCUUAUAAAAUUAUCAAAAGUAUGGUCAGGUCAACUCGUUUGGAUGGUACUAUGUCUCCAACUGGUGGCUUUUUCGUCGCAGCUUUAGUGCGCAGUAACAGACCUAGUGAAGAAAUAAUCAAAUAUUGCGAUAAAUUGGUCGAAGAAAAUUUGAACGUGCUUGCUUUAAGUAUAGCUAUGGAAAACAGUUUGAGAUAUAAAAAAGAAUCUUUAGCUUACGAACUGUUUAGAGCGGCUAAAGAACGAAAUAUGACUUUGAGGCCACAUUACUUCUGGCCUCUUAUCGUAGCUCGUGGAGAAGCAAAUGAUUUAGAUGGUGUUUACAAAGUUCUUUCGUCUAUGAAUGUAGAAUUCAACGUACCAAUUAAUAUGGAAACGGUUCGUGAAUAUGUCAUUCCGUUCGCAUUUAAGAAUAAAAUCAACAUUCCUUCUUUGAUGGUCGAUUUGAAAUCGUGCGGUAUUCCUACUUCAACCGCUGUUAGUGCCAUUGUUACCAAAUUAGUAGCAUCUGGCCGUAUCAGUGAAGCUGCCGAGAUUGCAUCAUCUUACAGAGCGAGCUACAGCGUGUUUUUGAUUCGAAAACCGUUGGUGAAUAGUUACCUUAAAACUUUUGACGCUGAUUCGUUUACCACUAUUCUCAAGCAAAUUGCUGCCGGUAUUCAAUGGCGUGCCGCCGCAGCACAAGAAAACGCCGAUAAAGGCGAUGAGGAAGAACCAGAAAUACCCGAGUAUCGCGAAAUUGUUGGAAGAAUUGUUCUGGACGUCGUUAAACAGUUGAAAACUGAAAGUGAAUGUAAAAUUAAAGUUGAAGAAAUUUUAAGAUUUUUACAAGCGAAAGGUGUUGGACUCAGUAGUAGAAUGGCUGAAGAAAUACAGACUCAAUUACAAAAUGAAUUAACUCAAGAAAUAUCUACCUUAUUGGAAAAAUUAACCGCAGAAGAUUUAAUUGCCGCUGAAUCCGCAGCUUCCGCUGAAUCCAAAAUCACCAGUACCGACAGAAAUACGAGAAUUUCAUCUAGAGAUAUAAGUGAAGAUUCGGUGAUCCGUAUGUACGAAACUGCAAAAGCCAAAGGCGAAGUAUCAAAAUCUCUUCAAAAGCAACUAUUCAACAUAUAUGGCCGGAAAUACGAAUUAGAGAAGCUGUUGGAAUUGAAAGAAGAAAUGGAAAAGGAUAGUUUCGUUUUAACGAACGGCAUGUACGCCCAUAUCAUCGACUCGUACGUUGAACAUGAAAAGCUCGACGACGCUUGGCAAGUAUUCCAGUCGCGUUGUGAAAAGGAACCAGAUUUCGUGUUAAAUCCGUUAAAAAUGCUCAGAUUAGCACUUCUAGCAGUGAAAAAUGAACAAUAUGAUAAGGCUUACGAAAUAUUGAGUAAACAUGCUUUGGUAGGCGAAUAUGCCCAGACUCCUGAAAACACGCCUUUUGUCACCGGUGCUCUGAGUUGGCGUAUACUGAAUCAUUUGGCUGAAAAAGGCGAUGUGGAGAAAGUGAAACAGUAUUUCGAUUUGAUUGUUAACAACGGAUACUGCACAGUCAGCAAUAUUCUGCUCGGACCAUUGAUCAAAGUACAUCUUGUAAAUAAUGACAUGGAAGGCGCUUUAAAAGAAUUCGAAAAUUGUUGCAUCAAUCAUCGUGCUACUCCGUUCAAAGGAGAACUGGCCAAACGGUGUAUUGAAACUGAAAAUGCCAGCAGCUUACAGCGUAUAACUGAUCUCAGUACGGAGAUUCACGGCGAAAUUAAUUCUCUUUACGAUUUAAUGCUUUCGUUCUUGGAAUGUGGCAGAUUGAGACAAGCUAAGAAGAUCCUAGAAACACCUGGUCUUCGUGUGCGACAAGAUCGGUUACAGAAUGCUUGUCAAAAGUAUCAGAACAGCGGAUCUAUCGAACACCUGGAAAAUUUACUCGCUGUCACGAAAAGUGUCGGAUCGAUUGAUCGUUCCGACUUGUACUAUAAUCUUUUACUCGCUUACGAUAAAGCUGGUGAACCUCAAAGAGCAAUGUCGCUUUGGUUGCAAUCACAAGAAGAAGAUGAGGCGCCGACCGAUACGUUUUUGGCAUUAUUGGCUGAAAUAUUAAAAAAACACAACAUGCCAGUUCCAUUCAGUGUACCAACCGUAGAUAAAUCUGCUCCACGUGUACAACAAGCUGAACGUAGAGUCGAAAUGAGUCAAGUUUCCAGGGCUUUAAGAAAAUUACUGAAUGACGAUAAAGUUGACGAAGCAGUGAAAUUCAAAAAUAGCAAAAAACCACAAGAACUGAACAAUACUGAUCUGUCUCUUUUAUUGGAAGCGUUUAUUAAACACGGAAGAUACGAUGAAGCUAAAGAGUUAUACGGAGAAUUAAAAUCGCGAGGUGUUUUACCGAUUCUCAGAAUAUUAAAAUUCCUAUCAAUCAACGCUAUGAUUAAAGGCGAUGUUGAAUUAUUGGAAGAUAUUAAAUCCAGGCUUACCGGAGAUAAAGUUCAAGCGCUUCUCAAAAUUGAUAACCGAUUAGGCAGAGCUUACAUGGAAGCAGGACGUGCUGAAGAGUAUCUGAAUAAGUUGGAGAAAGAAUUAGAUGCUAUUAAUUCUCCUGUAGAAAUGGAAGAAUUCCAGAAGCAAUACCCCAAAGGAAUGUUGUUCUCGUUACUGACGAAAUCGCCGACAUUUUUACCUCAAGUGGAAAGAAUUGCGAAUAAAUGCAUGGAGAAAAAUAGUCAAAACACAACACCGAUCGGUGUUCUAUGGAUGUAUCAUUUAAUCAGUAAGAAUUACGAUGAAGCUGAAAAACUGUGGUCUAAUUAUUUACAAAAAUCUCCGCAACCCAUUGCCUUCAAAGGGUUAUGUAAUCGUGCCGUAGACGAAGGAAAUUUAGAAACUCUACAAGUACUGAAAAGUUUUAUCGAACGCAAAGUUGAUGCUAGCCCUAAAUCAGUGGGAAUUAUUUACGGUUCCUUGAUUAAAGUGUUGGUUUCUCAUGAUAAGGUAUCCGAUGCUGUGCAAGUCUUGGAAGAAGGUGCUUCAAAAAUUCAAAUAGAAAAUAUCAUGAGAAAUGCCUUAGAAACUUUAAAAGCAGCUUGUAUAUCCAGAAAUAUUCCGUUCAACUACACAAUACCUGAAUUUCAGCAAACGUCAAGAUAUGAGCGCAGACCUAAAAAUGUAAAUAAUCCUGCUGACAGUGAUUCAGAUUAGUUCAUCAAAUAGUUCAUUCAAGUUUGUAAUAUAGUUAGAUAGAUGUUUGUAUCAAGUUGUUGAAAUAAAGUUGUAUUUUUUUAA